AGCACGAGGCGCUGCAGCCUUGCAUGUCGGUGUUUUGUGGAGUCUGUUUUGCUCCUGGCGAUGAAUGACAGUUCAAGCAGCAGAAACACCACUUGAAUAAAAAGGGGAGGUCUCAGGCUAAAUUUGGAAAAAAGAAAAAGAAAAGAAAAACAAACGAAACACGUCCAUGUUUCAAGUGUGUCGAGCUCUAAGCUGCGGCUCAGCUGAAGCGCGUCUCCGUUCAGUGUCCUGGGAAAGUGAAGUUAGUCCGUGAGCUGACAGCAUGGGAAACUUUUUAUCCAAGUCCAACGCAACUCCGACACACUCCUGGGUGAGCUGGUAACUUCAGGAGCCUCAUACAACACCCCAACAAGUGAAAUGAACAGCCCCGGUGGUCACGGAGCUCCGGCCGCGGGGAGCAGCGGGGCAGCAGCCCGCAGAGAGGAGCCGAGCAGCGGGGCGCGCUCGGAGCUACUCAUGUAUCUCACCUGCCUGCCGGAGAGAUACCGGACCGCCAAAUUCACCCUGGCAGCUCACCUGCUCUGCUGGGCUUUACUCAGAUGGUACCAGAAACUCAGAUGCCAGCCUGCUCAUCUUCAGCCCCAGGCAGCCCUUCAAGACUGCCCCCACUCUGAUGAAAUAUGUUCAGUGGAGGGUGAUUUGUGUCCUGGCUCGCUGGAAUGGUGUGAGAGAGGCAUUGGAGAGGCUGACACGUCUGAUGAGUAUUUUGACUUCCGCUCUUGUCACAGUGACACUCUAUCAGAAUUGAGUCCUGAUGAGGAGGACUCGGUGGAUGCCCUGCUGGGUUUGGAGGAUGCCUAUGUUGGCCGACUGGCAUUGGACGGCAGCUUCCACUCUUGCCAGAGCAGAGCCAGGCGAAGAGAGUCAGUGACAUCCAAGGACUGUUACAGAGAUGCAACAGAGACUUAUGUUGAACAAUCCACGUGUAGUCUGAGAAACAGCCCAGAGAACAAUGUGGACCCUGACAGCGCCAGAUACCUUUGCUCUGUUGAGAUCCAACCCCAUCAAAGAACUGAGAACGUAAAAUCAGACUUUGACCAAAAGCAGUCCUGCUUACAGGCUGUGUGCUCAGAAACUCAUCUCAAGGGAAACACAGAGCCAUGCAGCUUAUAUGCACAAAGCCAAGAAAACAAUGAAACAUUUGACACAAAGGUAAAUUGUACACAAGACACUCAGGAAGUGAAGUUACCUGCACUGCCUGAAGUAAGCACCUCCAACAGAUGUCAUGCAUCUACAGACUUGCAUGAAACAUGUAUGAUACGUAUAGACUCCGGAGGAGACAAGAUAGUGGAUACACAGCGACAGCAAAGCAAACAUGAGAAGAGGUUACAGACAGAACACAUAGAUAGAGUUAGAGACACGGGGGAAGAAGGAUUAGAAAUCUGGGAUGUAGCAGAUGAUAAUGCUGAGCAUUUCAGAACUUACUCAUGGGAGGACAACACAUGUUUAGAUAGAUGCAACGAUGACUGUAAAGAUAGACUUCUCAGAAGAGGACAUCUAGAACAUCAGGGUGUGACAAAUGAAGACACUGAGAUAGAGACUAGAAUAGUGCACAGUAAGGACAAGGUGUACCUGUGCAAGACUGUGGGGACAUACUUCAACAGAGCAGAUCACAAAAUAGAGUGUAAAGAAAAGGAAUGCGUCACUUGCAGAGGGAAUGUCACAGAUGUAGAUGCACAAACAUUUGCACAACUGGGCUCUAAGUCUGAGACAAAACACAAAGACUCCCAGUUUGAAAGAGAUUUUUUUGAGGCAUGUCCGGACAUCACAGAGAGACGUAAAAAGUCAAAUGGUGUAUCACAUAGCACAAAGCCAGAGCUUAAGGACACACUUGGUACACAAAUCAGUUUAUUGGCUCAUGAUGCGGAUAUUUGCUACCCUCAAUCUCUUUGUGAGGAAGUUUGUACUGAUGCGAUAAACCCCAAGGAUAAGGCAUGGGUGUCACAUGUCUGCUUCCAGGCAGAGCAAAUCGCAUGUUUCGGUGCUACAACGGAGGGAACCAAGCAACCUGGGACAGUAAAUGAAAUUUGUUCCUCCAUCACAUUUUCCACAGGAACAACAGCUACCUUCUCAUCGGAUACCUGCGCUUCUGAGCCAGCGGCCUCACAUGUCCCAUCACCUGACUCAGGCAGGAAGGAGCUUUCUGAGGUGAAACCGGAUCAAAAACAAUCUCAGAGCACAAGGUUACAACCACUGCAAGUUCCAGAUCCAACUCAAGAUUUAAUCCCUAAUCACUUGGAUCGGGGUGCUGCUGCAAUAGAAAUAUCCACUUGUAGGCGGCUCCAUUCUUUGGAAAAGCUCACACUUUCUGGCUCUGCAGACCAAGGGCCUUGCUCAAUCAAAAUUAGAUCUGACAUUGAUCAAGGGUCUGACGAAUCCCUGCCUCCUCAGACAUUAUCAAAGAAUCUGCUGUUUUCUUCUGGCAAACAAGAGACAGAGGAUAUCUCGCCCUUGUUAUUAAGGAACUUUGAAAGAGAGAGGUGGAAGGUACGACCACCCUGCUCUCUUCUCUUGAACAAUAAGAAGCCAGAGGUGGAGCGCAGCCAGGAUAAUCUUCACCAGGAAGAAAUUGUGGAAGCAGUAAGCAACAUUAAUCUUUCACUUUCACAGUUUAGCACAACAGAGCUUUCUGAGCGGAGAACAAUUCCUAUAGCUUUUGCCAGGGAUUUAGAAGCUUAUUCUACACAUGUGCCUGGUGAGAUACAUCAAACAUCAACAUAUCGUGCUGGUCAUGAGUCUAUUCAGGAAAGUUACAGAAAAGACCAAGAUUUAGCUCAGAAUGUGAAUCCAGCAAACAUUAAAACAACUGUCAGCACAACUUCUAGUUAUUGUAAACAAGUUUGUCAUCAGCAUACAACCCCUGAACCUCAUUGUAGACUCCAAGCCCCUCUUUCUCUGCUCUCAGACCCCAAUAAUAACACCGGUGCCAAUUUAAAAGGUGUAGAUAGAGGGGGCAGUGUAGGCUGUUCCUCAGGGGAAACCCGUAACAUCUUUCAAAGUAUUGGAAGAAAAGAUUGUUCCCUUGUUGAGCCAUCAACCAAUGUGAUAUCUGACCUGGAGGGCACGGGCAAGUCCCAGGUGUUUCAGUCCUCACUGCACCAGAGGCAUAGCUGGAGCAGUGAGGACUCUGGCCUGGUUAGCUACAGCAAAUUAAGGUCGGCUAAAACAGAUGAGCUAAACGACUUACAGAGAGAGAGCAGCCGAGGAAACAACACUGUUGUAGAAAGUCAGGAGUGUAAGCGUGCUAACUCAAAAUUACAUGAAGGCCCCUCAGUGUCAGGUUCAGGGAGCCGAGACCUUUUAGUGGACAGUAAAUCUAAAGAAGAACAUUGUUCUAGAAAAGCAGGAGAUCAGAGCUUCCCUAACAGAGAAAGUAUUGGCUUAGCCCAGUCAUGCAAGGCCUAUGCUCUAGCAGAUGAGUGUAAAGACCACACACUGGUUAGCUUGCCAGCUCCACAACAGCAGGAAGUGAUGGUAGUAAGGUACUCACAACCUGAGGUCAGCCUCAAUCUGCUUGUUGCUAGUAGUUUAGAGCCUAUUCUAGAGGCUGAGCGUCCACUAGAAAGUAAUGACAUGACUGAUGACGAUUCACAAAUAGAAACCAAGGCAGAGUAUCUUGAGGUCUUGAGGCCAGUUAACGUAGUAAAGGAUAAUGUCAACAUUUCAAGUCCGAGUCCACACCACCAGCAAAACCAGGAGGAUUAUUUAAACACUUCUAAGUGGGAACUUGAGGAAAACCUUGUAAGCCAAGAGCACUGUAGACCUACGAAUAUUGCUUAUGAUGCUUUGUCUUACACCUCAGCUAGCAGCAGUUGUGAUGACUUAGAAGAUCCUCAGUUUGCUCUCUCGGCCAGAAAUGCCAGCAGUGACAAAAUGAUCAAGAGAAGCAAAACAAAAGGCUACCAGACAGGAAGUAAAGGCUCUAAGUUUUCUGUCUUUUCUAAAAUCCCUUCAUUAAAGAAGGCUAAGGCCACAAAGGGUUCCAAGACUGAGGAGAGACCAAAUGAGAUUUCAGAUGGAGGAGAUGAGUGCCUUUUGACCGGGCAACAGUUGCAGAGGGACAUCACAGACAAUGAGGUUUUUUGUCAAGGUGACAUCCAUGACCAGACAGCUUACCAAGCAUCUUCAUCAUUGCAUUAUGUGAUGGAUGAAGAAUACUGUGGCUUUUUCUCUUCCAAUCCCUAUGUUCAUCAGCUUGUGAGUAGAGGCAACAGCGUGGAAGGUAAUGGGGAACCAGGUCUUGACAAACUCCGUGAGCAGGUCCAGUCGCCUAAUGAGCAGACUUACAAGAGAAGCAGGAGCAGUGACAAUUUAAACAUCCGCAUGCGCUUUGCACAAGCACACAAGUCCCUUUCCAGCCUAUUUGAGUCCCGUUCAAUGGACAAGGAGAAUUGUGAGCAAGCCACUGUUGGUGCUGGUAUGGAUUCUGGUAAAGCAAAACAACCCUGGAAGAAACCAAAAAAGGCCAAGGAGGCUGAAGCGCUGAAAAGAACCCUUUCAAUGCCAGAUGGGGAAUGUGGCAGCAAGGCUUCUGGACUUGAGUGCAGAGACUUUACGUCCUCUCCCCUCAUGCACAGGCUCGGCAGUCAAGGAUCGCCAUCCUCUAUCACAUCCCUUCGCCACACUGAUCCUCUCUCAAAGCGUGGAGUUCCACAAGGGAGUGUGAAAGAAGACCUCCACAGGUGUAUAUCAGAGGGCCAGCAGAGAAAAUAUUCACUUAAUGAUGACUCUGGUCUGUCAUCAUUUUCGGGUGACUAUCCUGUCUCUCCGUCCGGUCAAACCAGCCCUGUCUCACCUUUAAGCCCCUGCUCUCUAGCUUCCCUUUCUCAUCAGAUUUCACCAUCCCAGAUCAGAUACCACUUUGUAGCCAAUGAGAACCUGACUGAGGGCCCUCUACGGCCAAUGAGCCCUAAACCCAACAGCCCUAGACCCUCGGCUCAGCGCAAAAUGUAUCGUUACCCUUACUCAGCAAAAGCCGCUUCUGUCUCUCCUCUGGGCCAGUCGGUCAACGUGGAGGGACUGGCAGACCCCCCUGAGCGACCCAAAACCCUAAACCCUUCCACUAGCCCGCUAGGACUCAGCCUCAGCCCGCCAGAUAUGGCCGAGAGCAGCAUUGACUGCCAUUCACACGUCAGUCUGUUUUCCAUUGGCAGCAUCAACGACGUGGAGGGCAUGCCAAAUGGUGGCCAGGUUUCCAGCCAGUCCAGCGCAGGAAAGCUUCUGGUAGAGAAGACUGAAGGGAAAGCUUGUGUGGCUCCUGAUCGGUUGAGGAAAAGCCACUGGGUGGAUAUGGACCAUGAUGGAGUUGGCCAGCAGAGAAGGAGAAAGUGUUCAGAUGACCUCUGGAUUGAAGAGCAAAAGAAAUACAAAUGUAAACUGGCCAGAGUCACCAGGAGGAGCCUGGGCCAGCUCAACGCAUUGUUAUCUGAAGACUUGGACAAAAUCGAUGCUGGAGUCAUCUCAGGGCCCGUAGAGGCCUUCCGGGGGAUGCCCCUCAAGUCCCACUGCUUCUCCCAGAGCACCCCCAUUGGCCUUGACUGCCUAGGCUGGAGAAGCCACAUCUCCUUGUCCUCCGUGGUUGUUCCUGAUGGAGCAUCAGAGAAGGCGGGGCUUGGAGAUGAAAUGGGCAGUGAAGAAGACUUGCUGUAUGAAGAGUUUCGCGGCUCUGGACAUCGUUUUGGACAUCCGGGAGGAGGAGGGGGAGAACAGCUGGCCAUCAACGAGCUGAUCAGCGAUGGCAGCGUGGUGUAUGCUGAGGCCCUCUGGGACCAUGUCACCAUGGACGACCAAGAGCUGGGCUUCAAGGCUGGUGAUGUCAUUGAAGUAGUUGAUGCCACUAACAAAGAGUGGUGGUGGGGUCGCAUCAUGGACAGUGAGGGCUGGUUCCCUGCCAGCUUUGUGCGGCUGCGUGUUAACCAAGAUGAGCCCAUGGAGGAGUAUCUGGCCCAGCUGGAGGAGGCUCAAACAGGGCAGGAGGACCGGGCAGGUCUGGGCUUGUUGCUGGGACCUGGUUUACCCUGCAAGGAGCAAAUGAGGACCAAUGUCAUCAAUGAGAUCAUGAGCACAGAGAGAGAUUACAUCAAGCACCUGAAAGACAUCUGUGAGGGCUAUAUCAAACAGUGCCGCAAAAGGACAGACAUGUUUAAUGAGGAGCAGCUUCGCACCAUCUUUGGCAAUAUUGAAGAGAUCUAUCGAUUCCAGAGAAAGUUCCUGAAAGGUCUAGAGAAGAAAUUCAACAAGGAGCAACCCCACGUCAGUGAGAUCGGCUGCUGCUUCCUAGAACAUCAAACAGAUUUCCAGAUCUAUUCAGAGUACUGCAACAACCACCCCAAUGCCUGCGUCCAGCUCUCUAAGGUCAUGAAGGUCAACAAGUAUGUGUUCUUCUUCGAGGCCUGUCGGCUGCUUCAGAAGAUGAUCGACAUUUCCUUAGAUGGAUUUCUGCUCACCCCAGUUCAGAAGAUCUGCAAGUACCCACUACAGCUGGCUGAGCUGCUCAAAUACACCAACCCUCAGCACAGGGACUACAAAGAUGUGGAAGCAGCCUUAAAUGCCAUGAAGAAUGUGGCCAGACUUAUCAACGAGAGGAAACGGCGCCUUGAGAACAUCGACAAGAUCGCUCAGUGGCAGAGCUCCAUAGAGGACUGGGAGGGUGAAGAUGUCCUGAGUAGGAGCUCUGAUCUCAUCUUUUCGGGAGAGUUGACCAAGCUGUCUCAGCCUCAAGCUAAGAGUCAACAGAGAAUGUUCUUCCUCUUUGACCAUCAGAUGGUGUACUGCAAAAAGGAUCUCUUGCGCCGGGAUAUGCUGUACUAUAAGGGUCGGAUGGAUAUGGACCACAUGGAGGUGAUAGAUGUGGAAGAUGGAAAGGAGAAGUAUUUUAACAUCAGUGUGAAGAAUGCCCUGAAGCUACGGUCUCUGGCUAGUGACGAGGUCCAUCUUCUGUGUGCCAAAAAACCCGAACAGAAACAACGCUGGCUCCGAGCGUUCACCGAUGAAAGGCUUCAAGUCCAGCAUGACCGUGAGACAGGCUUUUCUCUCACAGAGGUCCAGAAGAAACAGGCCAUGCUGAAUGCCUGCAAAAGCCAUCCGGCUGGGAAACCCAAAGCGGUGACCAGACCCUACUACGACUUCCUCCUGCGACAGAAACACCCCUCUCUCCCCACUGCUUUGCCCCAGCAGCAGGUCUUCAUGCUGGCGGAGCCCAAGCGCAAAACCUCUACUUUCUGGCAUAACAUUGGUAGACUGACACCCUUCAAGAAGUAAAAGAAAAGAAGAAAACAGAUGGAAGGGAAGAGAAAUGCAGUGGGAGAGGGAACAGAGGAGGAGAAAGAGAAGAGCUCUCUGCUCGUGCCUGAAUAGACCCUUUUUAAUUCUUCCUCUCCUUUCUUUCAUACUCCUAACAUUGCCCUAAUUGACAUACUGAUUUAUUGUAUAGAUGAGGAUGAUUAUGAUAUAAGAUUAUUUUUGAAAGCACUUUAUAGGUUGGUUAACAAUCAGAUUUAAGUAUGGUCUCCUGGAGACUCGGAGUGAAAAAGGGAGAGUGGACUAAACCUACUACUUCUUUACCUUCAAUCAAGCGCCAAUUGGUACUAAUGCUACUACUGUACUGCUGCGAGUGAACGUGGGACAACUGACUGUUUCACUGAAAAUGUUGGCUGUCUACAAAACUGCUUCAUUUAUUUUCACUGUGUAAUUGUUCAUUUUUGACGGAUGCCAAGUGCUCACAGUGCCCAAGUGUUUGUUUUUUUAAUAUUUGUUUCUUUUAUGUCUACUAUUUAAAAAAGGUCAAAUGGGGGUUGUAUCUUGUGUGUCUACAUUGGGGAAAAACUGAAGAGUGUAUGGGGGAUUACAAGUUUCCUGUGCUUUACUCUUUGCUACUUUUUCAUUUGAGUCCAAUUUCUGCUGAUCUUGGAGUGUUUUAUGAUCUCCAUUGGCCGGAUUCUCAUUGUGUAUGUCUGGUGCAUUUGUGACAUUGUGCACAUGAUAAAAGUCAUUAAAUGCAGCCAAAAGAAAGCUCAAUGUCCAAAAUUAGGAACUUUUCCUUCCAACAAACAGCAGAAACCCACACACUCCAGCAACACAUUCCUCGAGUCUGAUCCUUGACUCCUCCUUACAACUACCACGUCAGCGAGGUAAUCAAACAAGCAGUUUUUCCUUUUCCUUUUUUUUUUAAGUGCCAUUUAAAGUGUGUCAAUGAUGAUUUACAAUGACGUGCAUGGAUGUGAUGAAAAAAUACUGUGAAGAAUAUUUUUUUAUCUCCGAAGAACCCUGCUAUAUUUAGCUAGAUUAAGGAACUGAGGUUUUCAUUGUGCUACUAGGCUGACAACAUUAACUACACACUGAUAUUCUUUGAUCUACCUGUACUUCUGAUAUCCAGUAUUCCUGCUCAGUGUAUCUGGUCUUCAUUAUAAUCACAUUUCAGAUCAAUGCGGCCCAGUGAUAUUGCUCUGUAAGUGCAUUCAGUGAAAUGUACUCCUUUCACUUUUAUGUUCAAGUGUUUUUGCUUCUGACGAUACGGAAUAUUAAACAUUCCUAAGCUGACAAAAUGUG